UAUGGUUAAGACUUAUAAACAAAUGAAUAAGUCAGAUGACAAAUUGAAUAUUAAAAAAUUUUCAAGUCUUUAAUAUCCUUAGUGUCCUCUUGGAGGUGAUCAUAGUGGAGAAACCAUGAGUUUAAUAUGUCUUGAAAAGGAUUGUUUGUAAAGGCAAAUUUUGUGUUGUUGUAUAUGUUAAGAAGAAUUUCAUAAAGGACAUCAAUUAAAACCUUUAAAAUUGUUGUUGUGUGAAUAUGAUUAAUAAUUAAGGUAUAUUGUUUUUGAACAUAUAGAGAGUAUUAAAAUAUUUCUUUAAAAUAAUAUGAAAAGGAUUUCCUAAUAAAGAAGAUAAAUGAAUAAGAAGAAAAAUCUUUGAUUUACAUUCAGGAGUUAAAAACACAAAUUAAUAAUAAACUAUCCAAAAUUUUGAACUUAGAGUAGGAUUUUUUUGAAAAUUUAAGGAAAUAUGUAAAAAUGAGAGAAUUCAGUAAUGGAAAUUAAUGUAAAUAUAAAAAUGAAUGAUAUAUAGUUGCAGUUAUUGAUACAAUUAUAUAAAAUCAAACCAAUGUUGAAAUGCUAAGUAGUUCGGUUAAGAAAUUAAUUGAUACAUUAGUAGAAGAAAUCCCAGAAAAAGAUCUAAAUUAUGAAGAAAUCAAUAGGAUAUUCGAUUUUCACAUUAAUGAUUAAAAAGAUCAUUUACAUUAAUUAGAAACACAAUUUAAUUAGGUUUUCCAAUAAUAAAUUGAAUUAUUGUAAUCAAAAACAUAGAAAACAAUUUUGAAUAAAGUAUAGUAAUUUUAAUUUUUACCAAACAAUAAACAUCCAUAAGUUGAUAUAUUAUCACCUAAGAUAGUUAAAGGUAUAUUUAUAUAUUUUAAUUAAAGCAAGUUCUUCAACUCAUGGAUACAAGUUUGCUGUUAUGACACCAUCCUUAGACAAAAACUAGACUACUGUAUUUGGUUUUAAAUUAAAUGUAAAAUUAAUUUAAUCUACAAUUUUUAGUGUGUUCAUUAAAGCAAUUGGAUAGCAAUUGGUGUAUGUGAUUUAUCAAUAGUGUAAAAUAAAUAAUUUGGAUUUGCAUUUUAAUCACUUGGACAUGGUGGAUAUAUGGUUUCAUCAAAUGGUGGUGCUUGGUCAAGUACAACUUCUAAUCAAAAUAAUGUUGUUAAAUGUUUCAAAUUUGGAAAGGGUGAUAUUAUUGUUUGCACUUAUGAUCCAAAUAACUAAACUAUUAUAUUCAAUAAAUAAAAGGUUAAAUAUAUUUAUAUUUCAGUCUAACACUACUUUUAAACUUGACAUACCAAAAUCUGAUCAUGAUUUGUACCCUUGUGUUUUAUUUUAUUAUGCUUUGGAUGAAGUAGAAUUCAUACAACCAGAAGGAAUAAAUAAAUAAUGA